UGGGAUUGUUUAUUUGGGAUGUCCUUUUUGUUGGGAUGCUGGAAGAGGUACAUCGUAACGAUUGGUUCAGUCGAACAUUGUCUUUCGACCGGGUCGGGUUGGAAAUUGUAAAGUUGCUGCGGAAUGAACUGUUUGAUCCUUCGGACCGUUUGAUGUUGUAGUCGAUAUGGUUUGUUGCAAAUUUACGAGGAAGUGUACAGGCCAAAUAAAAAGUUUCAAUUGGAUUGUUUAGAAGCCAAAGAUGUGUUGUUCCGCGUGUUUAAAUGUUGGAAAACAAGUGGAAAAAUAAUCUUUAUCAAGAGUGAUUUUGUAGUAUUUGAAAUCAAGUGCGAGUUUAAGGAUGAACAAUACAGAGGAAACGAUUGGAGAAUCCUUGUUGGAAAACGACGAGUAUUACGCCUCGGUAGUGAUGAGAGAUCACGGUGCAGCUCAGGAUGGAAUCCAUUUUAACAGACUGAAAUACUCCGACCCUGAGACGCUUAUGCGUCAUCUCUAUUACAGUUGCUUCAAACGGAACUCGAACAAAUCGCUAGAGCAAGUGGCCUCCGCGGAUGAAAGCCGCAAUCCGGAUCAAUAUCAACAACAGCUGCAGCUGUUCUGCCCGCGACGUUUCGAUGGAUGGAUAUGCUGGGAUCCACAGCCGGCCGGAACGGUUGCCGAAAACAAUUGUCCAAACUUCGUCCUAGGAUUCGAUUCCCGCCGGAUGGCAUACAAGGUAUGUCAUGCCAAUGGUUCCUGGUUUGCUCAUCCCGAGUCGGGCAGGGAGUGGUCCAACUAUACCAAUUGCAUCGAUAUGGACGAUAUGAAGCUGCGUCGUCUUGUGAAUGAUCUCUUCAUCGGUGGCUACACCAUCUCGUUCAUCACGCUCGCCGUGUCCUUGUGCGUAUUUUUCAGCUUUAGAACUUUAAAAUGCACUCGGAUUCGCAUUCACAUAAACUUGUUCAUCUCACUGGCGUUAAGCUGCAUCUUCUGGAUUGUGUGGUAUAAAUUUGUGGUCGAGGCACCAGAGGUUACGAACAGAAACGAGAUCUGGUGCAUCGGGCUGCACAUCCUGUUGCAUUAUCUGAUGCUGGUGAACUACUUCUGGAUGUUCUGCGAGGGACUUCAUCUCUAUCUGGUGCUAGUCAUCGUCUUCAUUAAGGAUGCCAUCGCAAUGCGCUGGUUUUUCACCGUCGGAUGGAUUAUGCCCGUGGCGCUUGUGUCGGCCUAUGUAGCUGUGCGAAUACAACACACCAACGAUACUGAGCACUGCUGGAUGGACGAAAGCCACGCCAUGUGGUUACUCACGGUACCUGUUUGCUUCACACUAAUCGCCUCGCUGGUGUUCCUUAUCAGGGUAGUGCGAGUAUUGCUGACCAAAUUGAACUCCACCUCACCCAAUCCGGCCCCUCUCGGGCUGAAGAAGGCCACCCGAGCGACACUUAUAUUGAUUCCUCUCUUCGGCCUACAGCACAUCCUGCUACCCUUCCGUCCCGAUAGGGGAUGCGAACUGGAGCGCUACUAUCAGGUGGUGUCGGCCGUUCUUAUCAGCCUCCAGGGUGCGUGCGUAUCCUGUCUGUUCUGCUUCGCCAACCACGACGUGAUCUUCGUCGUCCGCUGUCAACUGAGUCGACUGCUGCCAGAGUUGGUGACCCAUCCGACCCGCGAGAGUUUCAACGGGGGACAACCGGGCACACAUAGCCGCGAUAUAGUGGUAUGAUUGCUGGGGUUCCGGCGCGGAACGCCGACGGUUGGAAGCCAUGAAGGCAUUUGCGAGCGCGUCAACGGGGAUGUUUGAGCGUUCGGAGUUCUAGUUACCUGUUAGAUGUGCGACUGGAUUUCUGCCAUUGAUGGGCGAUUGAUGAGAACUUGAAAUUGUAUGUUCGUGUGGGUUUCAAUCGGUGUUCACUACUGUCCUAUCACAUCAUAUCAGCAGAUUCUGGUUGCUUUCAACGCGAUGAAUGAUGUUAUUGGUAAU